UUUUUUUUUUUUGCUUUUUACCAAUUUUUUCGUUUUGAGUGUGGUAAACUUGAAAUAAGCUUUUUUGCUUUUAAAAUAAAUUGUUUUAACAAAAUUGACAAAAUCCAAAAAAUGCGCCAAGCGGAGUCCUUUUUGCCGCCAGCUGGAGUCCUAGCCGGGGAUAAGAGACCAUGGGAGACGUUUGAUUGGCCAGCCGAGCGGCGACGCGGCAUCUAUCGGAGUUGGGGUCAAUAUUUUCGGAAUGCCAGGAUGAAUACGGCGGCCCAGAAGUAUUUUGACAAGUGCAUUGACGAGGACGGAAACGGAGGCCUGUCAAAGGGGGACGACUACUUGGCCCUGUAUUUGCGAAGUAAGUUCAAUCGGUCGGUGGCCCGAACCCAGGAGGCCUAUGAGGAUAGCCAGCAUGCGGCCCGGGUGGCUGGUCCAAACGAUGCUGGCAUCAAUACGGAACUGGCCGACACCGUGUACGAUCUGAAUCGGUUCGAGGACAACAAGCGGAUGCUGCACGACUUCGUGCGCAAAUAUGUGGGGACAUCGGUGAAGCCUUUGGAGCAUCGUUUGCGUAUUGUGAAUGAGAACUUCGAUGAUUGCAUGGGCGAUGAUAGCUUGGGCACUUUCUUGAUGGAGAACUCAGCGCAAUUGGGCGGAUGCUUUGAGCAGAUUAGUCGCGAGAAGUCGCCUCCAGAUUUGCGACCACGUUGGAAAAUUCUCAAAGAGCUCAACGAGUGCGAUGUCCAGAGUGUGUGCGAUAAGGAGGAGAAGCUGUUGUCCCCCUUGGAGAUGGCGCGACGCAAGCGUAAGACGAAAAUCUUCUAUCAAAACUAUUUGAAUCGAGCCUGGACGGAUAUAUUCUUCCUAAAAACCCUUCGCCAGAAUCCCAAUCUCCUGUUGGACAGAUAUUUUGGCUCGCCGACCAAGCGUGGCGAGUAUUUGAAUAGGUCGUUCGAGCGGGUAAAGAAGUUCACCAAAAUGUUGCAUUCCCGCAGUCCCAUGUACAAUGAGUUGCAUCAACGUCGCGGCAAUCCGCGGAUGAAGUCCCAGCUCCACGAGUCGAGUCUCUAUCGAGUGCAAUAUCAGACGAGACGCAAUAUGCAUAGCAUAUUGCGUACGAUCCGGGUCCUCAGGCAACAAGAGGACUCCAAGCGACUGAGGCGGUUCGUUGAGGAGGUGAUGGGCGACUAUGUGGCCAUUAAAACGACUCGCAUAAUGCCGUGGAAAAUUGAAUUCAUGAACGAGGUCUACAAUCAUUUGGCCUUGAGUCUGUGUGAGGAGUUCCGUUUGCCACCCACCAAGGUGACGCCCUAUGAUAAGAAUGCCAUGUGCCUGUUGCUCAAUAUUCCCAUCGUAAAGCCACUCGAUCAUCAGGAAUUUGUAUUCGGUGAUCGUUCAACAUAUGCCUAUUCCGAUGGUGUAUACACGGCCGAGCAGAAAGUUAGCACCAAACGUUCCAUCAAUCAUUUGGAGCGACGACUCGUUUUUGCCACUCUACCAAUCGAAAGGACUUAUCUCCUACACGAGCUAGCCGAUCGUCAUGUCCAACAGAAUCAUUUCGUGCAAUGUCUCUCCUAUGCCCAAAAGGCCAUCGAAGAGGCCGAACAUUGUAAUAGCAAAAUUUGGCAAUUCCUCAGCACCAUGCAAAUGGCCAAAUCCCAUGCGAUCCUUCACAAAUACGAACGGCAAACCGAAGUCCUGGACGCUGCCUACGACCUGGCCAAAGAGCUCAAAUCACCCAAAUUGUGCACAUUUAUUGAAUUGUGUCGCAUGCUCAACAAGGACUACAUCACCCUGAGAAAAAUGUCCCAACUGGUGGCCAGCAAACGUUUGCGUUACAAAAUGUCCAAUCGUUCCAGUGGCCUCAGCUCCUCGCAGCACUCCUCGCCCAGUAAUGCGUCCAUUGUAGUCCAAAAUAUCAUGGCUUGAUCCCCGUUUUUGUUCUCCUUUUUGUGGAUCCAAUGGGGAUGGUAAAAAAAUCAAUCAAUUAUCACAUUUGUUUGAAUUUUUUAUCGUCCUCAUUCGAUGCACUCGAGCAAAAUGGGUGACGUAGCAAGAGGAAUACAAAAAAUACUUUGCAAAACAACACAAAUUUUAUUCAACAAACUGAUAACAAAAAUUCAACAAAUUUUAACA